UCGUAGAGUAAUUAGUACCCUGGGAGAAAUUUAAAAAAUGUUUGCUAGACAGUUUGAAUACGAAUCAAACAGUCAAGAGACAUGGAUAAUUUGGAAAUUCCGUACAUCAUCCAUGAGAUAUAGUUAGACAUUGCGUGGCAGCUGAUUAUUGCCAAAACCCCGGUUGACAAUCGGUCAGCUGUUUUGUUACCUCAACUCCGAAAACAUGGAGUUUGGAUGACAUAUGUGUUAAGCGGCUCGUACAGUUAAUCGUUUGUAAUUAAGUUAUAAUUUUGUUGUACAACACGAAUAUGUUGAUCGCGUUAUGAAAGACGGUACGUGAUGGUGAUAUAAACGGCGAUUAUUUUGCCCCCUGAUUAUAACUUAUUUUUGGUGGAUAAUGACCAGUGAAACACGCGAAACAAGCCCGCAUGGAAAUGCUGAUAAUUUGCGGUCUACCGUGGAUUCAGGAAGUGAUAACGUGGUCCAAACCUCACUCGUGAGUUUGGGGCUUGAGGAGAGGUUCGCUGUAAAAAUGUUCCACUAUAGCAAAGAGCUUUGCUUCUUCGCUGCUAUUUUGUUCACAACAUUAGCAGCACUCCACACUUCGCCGCCAAGGGUCUCAAAACCUCCAUCAGCUCGCCCAUUUUUCAACCAGAGCUCACUGGUUGUGGAUUUUUACAAGGGACACUUGGGAGCUGCUAUAGAAAAAGUUACGGAUGCCGAUCUCAGUUUUGUUAUGUACUAUGCACCUUGGGAUGCUGAGAGUCAAGCUGUGAGACAAGAGUUUGAAAUCGUUGCUCGUUUUCUCCACAAACAGAUAUUUUUUGCUGCUAUUAAUUGCUGGCAUCCAGGCUCAGAAUGCAGAGCACAGUACAGCAAAAUUCACAGUUACCCAGUGCUCAUGCUUUACCCCAGAAGAGGGCCUGGAAUUCAAUACAGAGGAAUUCGUACAGCACCAUACAUGAUACGUUUCCUCCAUGCAUUCAUGAAUCCCAUCUUUAGAGUAACUGACAAAAGCCAGCUCCUAAAAUUGAUAGUUGACUAUGACGCAGUGGUGGUGGGAUUCUUCAACUUUACAGGCUUGAGAAAUAGCCCAGGAUAUAACACGUUUUACAAGACAGCAGUUAAAUCGCUGGAAAAGGAUCCUAAUCGCGAAUUAGCAUUCGCAGCUGUGACUGAUGUUAUGUCCAGCAAAUUAUAUUACAGAGUUACAGAGUUUCCAUCAGCAAGAUUAGUGUUAUGGAACGAGUCCUUGAGCUAUCCAUUAGAGGAUGAAUGGGAGCCCGAAAGCCUACUAAAAGGGGUAAGCGGAGCUUUACAUCAAGCUGCUCUCUGGCUACAGCCCCCAGGAACCAAGUCCUUGACUCUUGCUCCUUAUCUGAAGGAUGGACCAGUUUUGUUUCUUUUUACACCCAGGAAUCCAUUCCACAGGCACAACUAUUACUACAAUUUGUUGAAAGAAAUUGGGCUACAGUAUUACAAUUGUGGGGACAAUCAGCACAUCAACGAUAUAGUCCAUAAUCUUGAAAGAAUUCGACUUCAAAACAAAGCAAAACAUUACGAAGACAGCAAACGGUGUAUGCAGCUCUUGGAGAAGAUAAAGAACCCGCAAGUAGUAGCGCACGUAAAUGUUGUGGAUCGACAAUGGAUAAAUAACAGUUGUUGUGCAGGAGUCGUAAUGAAUCAGUGUUUAGUUUGCAAAAAACGAAUCGCUGCAUUGGCAGAUAGUGCAAAAACUGUGUGUGAAACGGAUUUAAACAAUUUACACCACAGUUGUAAGCCAACAGACAUUUUUAACGUCCCUGCAGACAGUGAUGAACGGGACAAAUACGAAUAUUGUUGCGAAGAUGACAUCGAGAUUGAUGACAUCAGAAACUCUUUCUUCAUGGAAGAAAGUGACCCGCAAUCUGCAAACGCUAUGACAGAUUUCGCUCUGAAAGAUGACUGCAGACGCUUACUAACUGGAAAUAAUUACCACCCGGCGGUAUUUCCAAAAGAUUUAUCCCAUGAUUUCAAAAAAAUAAAUCUAACAUCUCGUAUAUGCAAAACGAACAAGACUCUAGCUUUAAUAGCUGUUGAUAGUCUCCAGUUUUUUCACAUUGCCGGGGGAUUAGGAAUAGAUAUUUCGAAAAAGAAAGAUCAGACCACUGUUGUUAUCGUUGAUCCUUUGCAAGAAAGCCAAUAUAUCCUGGAGCAAGAUGUGAGCUACAACUCAUUGGUCCAAUUCAUCAAUAACUACACCCAGAAUAUGUUGGAACGAAAUCUGCGAUCUCACAGCCGCGUCCGGACAUCAACGAAUACUGAAACACAGAAAGAAUGCAGUAUUAGUGAUGACUCGGCCAUCUGUAUUCCGGAAUUGAGUACAGAUACAUUCCUCAAAUCUGUUUUGGAUCCUGAAAAGGAUGUGGUUGUGAUGUACUAUUCACCCUACUGCGCAUUUUGUCAGUCGGUAUCACAUGUCUAUUUAACUGUUGCUCAGUACUUGAGAAAAACGUACAAUCUCACGUUUGUGCGUAUUAACGGAGAUGGAAAUGAUCUCCCUUGGGAAUAUACAAUGAAUCGAUAUCCCGCCAUACUUUUCUUCCCUGCUAAAAGAAAAGCAGACAGCACAGUGUUUCCGUUCUCUCUGCCGAUUAAUAUCCCGAAUCUCCUGAAUUUCGUUCUCGCCAAUUUGGAUGGGGAUUCGCACAUUGAGGCAUUAGUCAACAUCUGCCAUCAGGGAAUCGGAGAAUCACCGGCGGACUGCGUUUGUCGCAUUCGAUUACUUAGUUUAGAAAUCAUCGAAGAUCUGCUGCGUAGUUAUAGAAGAUUACACCGCAGUUUAUUCAAUGUUACAAAAAAGACUGCUAGUAAGAAAUUGAAAGUGCUAUUGUUUAGGUUACAACAUAUUAAAGAAAUUCACCUGACCCUAGGAUCUAUUAGUAAUCUUCAAAUUGAAUUCGAAAAAACUCAAUCUAUUCGCGACAAGUUCAAGUCAUAUUAUCGUGAGCUAUCGGCUAUUGAUGUAGAUAACAAUGUAGAUAGAAAAGUUAUCAGCAAUGAUACUGUAAAUAUUGGAAAUGGCAACGUUAGAGACGAGUUGUGAUGUUUACUCAACCACUCGAUAAAAAUCUGACACUUUUACGAAUUACGAUUGCUUUCCAAGUUAUUCCUUAAUUCAUCUGCGACGAUCUGAAGAUCCCGGAAUUUUGUCAAGAGUUUUGAAAAGGUGUUCAUAAGAUUACAUAUCAAAAUUUAAACCGUAUUCAGUUGUUUGCUUCUUCCACUUAUUAUCUUAGGAUUGAACAAUUAGGGGUUUUUCUUAUCGAUUUGUUUACAUGCGAAAAAGCAUAAAUCUACUAUGUAAAGCUGUUUGUGUAACUGUAACGUAUACAUCCCGGCCGGCGUAUACCUAACGUCGUAUUCGAGAUAUAGGUAAAUCAUUACGCAUUUUCUUUAAGCUAUACUUAAUUUUCACAUUUAUUUAUUGCGAUUAGACAUUACGGGGGAGUUAUUAUAGCUUUAUUUGGUUCAUGGGAUAUUUGUUCGAAUUUGUAAUGGUGAACUAUUCAAAGGGCAUUGGAGGUUCACAAGUAUAUAGGCAUCAGACUCGUGACAAAAUAUUAUAUUCAGUGAAAAUAGGUUUGAAUCUAAUUUAUUCUCGAAUAAUUAAUUUAUCGACAGGAUUAUUCGGGUCAGAAUUGUUUCAAUACCACUUUACCCACCUGCGCGCUUUCAGGUUGGAUAAGUAGACGAUUAAUUACAACUUGCAGUCUCUUAUCUCAACGAGAUCGAAGCAUGUAUGAUACAUAAGAUGCGUUGAAUAUGUUAAAUUAAUAUAUGUGUAAAACUUGUAAAUUAAUGUAAAUAUAAUUGUUGUCACUUAAUACAGUAGAUAACGAAGAAA